GCGGAGAAGCGGCGAUGCAUUUCACAAGCCGAUAGCUCAUGUUAUCUGGCCUCCUCUGCACUGCCUCUGCAUCCCGUUCACCCUGCUCCUCCCACUCCAACUCUUCCUCCUCCUCCUGUCUUCAGCAUCCUGAGACAGGACUACAGAUUGACCGGGACUGGCGAGUGGCGGAUGGCUACAUCUACACCUGCACCGAUGGAGGCUGGAUUGUUAACUGACAUUCGGAGCUAGAAGAAGAAAACCCGCCGCCCCGCCGGGAGCCCUGGAUGUGUGUGUAGUUCUUUACCGCUGCUGUCACUGGCGCAUUUCCUCUCUGUGGCCGGUUGUUUUUUCGCCUUCUCCGAGACUGGCUAGCAGGCACUGCAGCAUCAGGACCGCAGGACCCAUGAAGCGGUAGGGCAUGAGGACCCAGGGGCGACCCAAAGGAAGGGCUUGAGUGCUUCCAUUGCUACCACUGCUGCUGCUGAGCUGAGUGAUUGGGACAGCGGUGCGGAGGAGAAGAUGCUUAUGGCCCGAGACACGGCGCGGGAUGAGGCUCAGAAGCUGCACCGAAAGUGGCUGAAGCACCAGGCCUUCAUGGCCGAGCUGGCCCGCAACAAGGAAUGGCUGGCCAAGAUAGAACAGGAGGGUCAGGAGCUGAUCCAGGAGAAGCCGGAGCUGCGCUCGGUGGUGCAGCAGAAGCUGGAGGAGAUCCGGGAGUGCUGGUCCGACCUGGAGACCACCACCAAGGCCAAGGCCCGCCAGCUCUUCGAAAACAACAAGCCCGAGCCGGCCGUGAAGAGCUACUCCGACCUGGACAACCAGCUCUCCCACCUGGAGCAGCAGCCCCCCCAGCUGGAGCAGGCGCACCACCUGCCCACCUUCAAUGAGCAGCUCCAGAAAUUCCAGGCCAUGGAGUCUCAGAUAGGGGACUUUUACAAGGAUGUGGGCGAGCUGGGCAGCUUGCAGGGGAUCUGCCUCCCCCAGCGGGGCCUGAUGGCGGGCGACAGGGAGGGCGGCGAGCAGUCGGGCGUGGUGGAGACCCGCAUCGUGCGCCUGAUCGAGCCGCUGAAGGAGCGACGCCGCAUCCUGCUGGCUUCCAAAGAGAUGCACCAGGUGGCCCAGGACCUGGAGGACGAGAUCCUGUGGAUUCAGGAGCGGCUUCCUGUGGCUUCCUGUAAGGAUUAUGGGAACAACCUCCAGAGCGUGCAGCAGCACGUCAAAAAGAACCAAACCCUGCAGAGGGAGCUGACGGGGCGGCGGGCCCGGGUGGAGGAGGUCCUGGACCGGGCGGGGAUCAUCGCCUCCCUGAGAACCCCCGAGGUGGAGUUCGUGCGCGAGGGGGCGGGGCACGUGCGCCAGCUGUGGGAGGUGCUGCAGCUGGAGACGGAGCGGCGGUCGGUGAUGCUGGACGCCACGCUGCAGUCCCAGCAGUACUACGGCGAGGCGGCGAAGGUGGAGUCCUGGCUGUCGGAGCAGAAGCUCCAUCUGGCCAACGAGGAGAAGGGGACGGACGAGGCGAGCACCCUGCAGCUGCUGAAGACCCACCUGGCUCUGGAGCAGACAGUGGAGACGUACGCAGAGACGGUGGGCAUGCUGUCCCAGCAGUGCCAGCGCCUCCUGGAAAUGGGACACCCAGAGAGCGAGCACAUCACCAAGCAGCAGUCCCACAUAGACCGGCUGUACGUGUCCCUGAAGGACAUGGUGGAGCACCGGAAGACCCGGCUGGAGCAGCAGUACUGGCUCUACCAGCUCAACAAGGAGGUGGAGGAGCUGGAGAAGUGGAUCACGGAGCGCGAGGCGGUGGCCAGCUCCACCGAGCUGGGCCACGACCUGGAGGACGUCACGGUGCUGCAGGAGAAGUUCACCAAGUUCGCCUCAGAAACCAACAGCAUGGGCAUGCAGCGCAUGGAGCAGGUCAACAAAAUGGUGAACGAGAUGAUCGACUGCGGCCACUCGGACGCCGCCACCAUCGCCGAGUGGAAGGACGGGCUGAACGAGUCGUGGGCCGACCUCCUGGAGCUGAUGGAGACCCGCAGGCAGAUGCUGGCGGCGUCCCACCAGCUGCACAAGUUCUUCACCGACUGCAAAGAGGUCUUGGCUCAGAUCGCAGGGAAGAUGAAGCAGCUGCCAGAGGUGAGGGCGUGCCAAGCCAACAUCACCAAUCCCGCCACCCUGCAGAGACUCAUGCACUCCUUCGAGCAUGCCCUUCAACUCUUAGUGGCUCAGGUGAGGCAGCUGCAGGAGAACGCCGCCCAGCUGAGGACCAUCUACGCCGGGGAGAAGGCCGAGGCCAUCAUGGUGAAGGAGCUGGAGGUGAUGGAGGCGUGGAAGGAGCUGCUGGGCUCCUGCGAGGCCAGCCGCAUCCAGGUGACGUCGGUCACCGACAAGGUGCAGUUCUUCUCCGUGGUGCGAGAGAACCUCAUGUGGAUGGAAGGCAUCAUGGGCCAGAUCGGCUGGGACGAGCCACGCGAUCUAACGGCGCUGGAGGUGAUGAUGAGACAGCACCAGGAAAUCAAAGCCAAGAUCGACGGACGCAGUAAGACCAUCCAGCAGUGUGCCGACCUCGGGAAGAUCCUGAUCGCUGCAGGAAACCCUGCAUCGGAGGAGAUAAAGGAGAAGCUGGACAGUCUUCUGGCCAAGCAGAAGGAUCUGGUUGAGAAGUGGGACAGACAUCAGGAAAGAUUACAGCACAAGCAGGAAAGGUUCCAGUUCGCUCAGGAGACGGUGAAGGCGGAAGCCUGGCUCAAAGCCAAGGAGCCGCUCAUCGCGUCCAAGCAGCAGGAGGGAGGCGAGGCUCAGGCCCAGACCGACGAGGUGGAGCAGCUCAUCCUUCGCCACGAGGCCUUCCGCAAGGCUGCUGUAACCUGGAAAGAACGCUUCAGCUCCCUCCGCCAGCUUUCCGCAGCAGAGAAGAAGAAGGAGGAGGAGAAGAAGAGCACCCCGCUGUCCAGCCGGAGGAUGUUCCCCCUGUCCUGCCUGACGCCCGCCGUUCCCUCCACCAGCGCUACCUCCUCCUUCCUGAGGCAGGCGGUCCAGGCCCACGUGGAACCCAAGCCCCUGCAGAGCGCCCUGGAUUUGGGCGCCGCGCCCGCGACCCAGAGAUUGUCCUCGGCGCUCGCCAGCUACAACCCGGUGCUGAACGGCUCGGGCUACCACGGCCUGGAGCAGCAGUGCGGCGGGAAGCUGGCCGGCUCCUCCUACCUGGGCAUGAACCACCAGGCGGCGGCGGCCGGCGGGGGCAGCGACUCCGGCUUCUCGGCGCUGACGUCCCACAGCGGCGGGCCGGACAGCUCCUCCUACUUUGGGAUGAACCAUCAGACUGCCGGCAGCGGGGAGAGCUCCGGGUACUUCGGCCUGACCGCGGGGGGCGUGGGGGGCCUGCAGAACCACCUGAGCAGCGGCAGGUUGGGGAGUUCGGGUAACCUGGUUCAGCAGCCCGGCGGCGGCGGGAUGGGGAGCCCCGGCUUCCUGCCCCAGCAGAACAUGGGCAGUUCGGGAUAUUUGGCGCAAACACAAAACUUGGGAAGCUCUGGAUACCUGGGACAGCAGCCCAAUCUGGGGAGUUCAGGAUAUUUGGCACAACAGCCUAAUCUGGGGAGUUCUGGGUAUUUGGCACAACAGCCCAACAUGGGCAGUUCGGGCUACUUGGCACAACCGCCCAACUUGGGCAGUUCCGGAUACCUGGCGCAGAAUUACCCGAGCGCCGGAGGGAUGGGCAGCUCCGGCUACCUGGCACAAAACCACUACAGCAGCGGCAGCCUGGGCAGCUCGGGCUUCCUGGCGCAGAGCGGAGGCAUCAUGGACCCCAAGAUGGCGUACGCCUGGCAGCACCUCAAGGCCGACUUCAUGCAGCCGCGGAUCAACCACAUCCACAAGGCGGUCAACCCGCUGCUGGAGGCCAGCCGGGCGCAGCGGGAGCAGUACGGCGACAUCCCCAUGGCGGACAACGCGGGGCCGGAGUCCGGGCUGGAGCUGCUGCACGGCCGGCUGCAGCGGGACCCCCGGGGCAGCCGCUCCGACCCGCAGAUGGACCACCUGCGGCGCGAGAGGGAGUACAAGCUGGGCCGCCAGACGUCCAGCGAGCAGGAGAUCCAGGCGCGGCUCAACGAGCUGCCGCUCAUCGUGCGGCAGGAGCGCUACCGGCGGCGCCUGGAGAGGCAGUCGUCCAGCGAGCAGGAGGGCAGCGGCAAGCAGCGGCUGCAGCGGCAGGACUCCAGCGACCUGGAGGGCUCCGUCAAGGACGGCUCCGACAAACGCUCAGGGGAGAAGAGAUCCACCAUGGCAGAGAUCGUAGAGCAGGUCCAGGAGAGAGAGGCGGCACAUGCACGAGGAGAGCCGUACCGGCCUCCCAGCAGCCUCUCUGCUCCCGUCACCCGCUUCGACGGUCGCCCUCGCGCCCGGGACCGCCCCAAACCCCGGAGGAGGCCCCGCCCCAAGGAGCCCGAGGAGACCCGGCGCUCGCGCUCCGCCCCCGCCACCGGCGCCCCGACCACGCCGCAGCCGCCCUCACACACUGCCCAAAACGAAGGCUUCCUGUACCGCAAGAAGGCCACCAGCUCCGACCUGGAAGCUCAGCAGCGGAGCCCCAACAGCAAGUCCUGGGUCAACGUGUACUGCGUGCUGAAGGAGGGACAGCUGACCUUCUACAAGGACGCCCGAAACCACACGGCUACGUACAACGGCGAGCCGCCGGUCGACCUCUCCAACUGCACGUUCGACCCCUCGAUGGGAUACAAGAAGAAGAAGAACGUCUUCAUCCUCCAAAUCAACGACGGGAGCAACUUCGUAUUCCACGCAAAAGACGAGGAGGACCUGAAGGCCUGGACCUCCAACAUCACCACCUGCAUAUCGGAGCACGAAGCCAUGGCCAAGUGGGACAAGCCGGGCACCUCGGCCAUGGACCCCGACCGCUCGGAGCGCAAGGAGAAGUCGGAGGGCGACGCCGACGCCAGGUCGGAGCGGUCGGAGCCGGCGGAGGGCGAGGAGCGGUCCGAGAAGGAGAGGUCAGAGAAGGGCGACGGCUCCGACAAGCUAGACACGUCCGAGAUCGCAGACAAGCUGGAGGGCGGCGCCGGCGGCUCCAGCACGUCCGGCAAGAGCAAAUGAGGCG